UUGUAAGAAGGCUCUAUACUACUUGAUAAAUAAAUACAAAAAUAUUUGGUGCUUUGAUAGGAGUAGUUAAUAUUCAGGUGAAAAUACAACAAAGUAUGGUUAUCACAGCUUAACCUUACACUGGACCAUGAUUUCAACACUAUUCUUGGCCAUGGUCAUUUUGACGUUUUUGUUCGUUCAUCAUACACCUCCAUAUUCUCAAACCUUAAGAGGGAGCGCUUUUUUUAAGAGUGAUGCAUCGUCUUGUAAUAAACGAUCUUCGGCCACACACGCCCAGCCUCAGCACCAGCUCAUCUUUUCUCCACGGGGCUUUUCCCCGUUUGCGCUCACCAUCGUUUCAAGAAACCAUGAAAGACACGAGGCCGUCGUGACCAGCUCUCACACCGGUGGACGUCGUCGCUCUCGUGCCCUCCCGGUGGUUCCUCUCGUUGUGUUCGGUAUGUCUUUGAGCCUGCUCCCCCUCUCACCAUGCCCGCCGCUGAACGCCACCUGCCGCCGCUGCUGCUCCUCUUUCUCCCGUCGCUGCUUCUGAUUUCGUGCCUGGAUGGGGCGGUGGGAGCAGCGGAGGAGGGCGGCGGCCUGCCCGGGGACAAUGGCCUCGCAGUGUCGGUUGGAGACCCGUCACAUCCGGACUCGACCACCGCGGGGAGAUCCGUGAGCCCCUCUGGUGUUCCAGCAGAGUCCCCGUUUGCCCUCAAAGUCCUGGUGAGGGACAUGGUGACCCGUCAGCCGCUGCAGGGCGCCUCUGUGGACGUUUAUGUGAAUCAUACCUUAAAGAGCUCGGCCCAAACAGGAAGUGGAGGAGAUGUUCUGCUCUGGGUGGAUUAUAGUCCAGGCCUCAGUCUGACUCUGCUGGGGAACAUGGAGGGAUACGUGCCCACUCCUCUGCCCUGGAGCACCAACAAGAGACCCAUUUUCUCUGCUGUGACGCUGCUGCUGCUCCCUCACACUCAGGGCAACAUCUGGCUGUUUGAAGACUCCGUCAUCAUCAGUGGGAAGCUACCUGACAGCUCCUCCCAACCCAAGGUGAAGUUCCCUAAAAACCUCCUAACAAUCACAGACAAGAGCAACAUCUCCUCACUGACAGCCUAUCUGACAGUCCCACAGCACCACCUGGCUAAAGACUGUGCAAACUGCACUCCAGGAAUCAUCAGCAGCAAAUCAGUGUUCAGGAGUAUUGAGCUGAAGGCGGUGGCGGCCAUCAACGUCCUGCUGUACUCUGGUGGUGAGGAGCUGCAGGUCAGAGGGCCGAUUCAGAUCAGCCUUCCUCUGAGACACAACACGCACCUCAGAGCUGCUGAUACUGUACCGGCCUGGGCCUUCAACAUAAAGACAGGAGCCUGGGAGAAUCAAGGUCUGGGGAUAGUAAAAACAGUCGGGGAAGAGCUGAUUUGGACAUACACUGCUUCACAUCUGGGCCACUGGAUUGCUGCCCCUAUUCCUUCAGCAAAUGAUUACCUGGGACAUGGAAGCUCUCUGGAUUUCAUAUCGUACCACACAUACCUGUUGGUGGGGAUUCUGGGAGGAACGCUGGCGGUUGUGAUCGGUUUACUGUCCCUGCUGCUGUGUCACUGCGGCAGUUCUCAUCGAGAGCCCAGGAGGAGGAGGAGAGCCCGCUUCUCCAAACUCACCGUGGUGAAAAAAGACCAAACCACGUCCACCCACAUGGAGGAGGGUUUGCUGUUCCGGUCUGGGGAAAACAGCCUAGCCUCCUGCAGCGUCCAGUGUGACCCGCUAUCCACACCAAGGCACAAAGCCAACUACAACAUCUAUGUGGAGGAUCCAGGAAGUCGCCCGGCAGCUCCUUUUUACGAGAACAUCGCUCUGGAUCGGAUUAAAGGGUCCCAACAGUCGUCUCACUACAUCAACAACGAUGAGGUGGCUCGACUUCGAGAGAAAUCCGAGCAGAACAAGAACCUGAACACCGACACCUUUUUUCAGGAUAAGCUGGUUCAUCUCUACAACCAGCCGGUGGCAAUUAUUCAGGCGCCGGAGCUUUUUAAUAAUCAGGAGCAGCAACUGUCAGGAUGUAAGUCUGCGACUUUCCCUCGCAAUGGAGCAGAGUACGAAUCGGAGCCGGCGAGUAAGGACAGCUACACCCAAACGCUACCCAAACACUCCCAGGGUGGGAGCAGCCCACAGCAGAGCAACCAAGAUGAGCCACAGCCUCUGGAGACGCCUCCUCAAGGCCAAGGCCCAAACCCCACCACAUGGGGGCGCUACAGCAACCUCCUGGAAUCCUCUGUCUCUGUACCUGGGACUCUUAAUGAAGCAGCAGGGAUGGAGGGCUUCAACAGUGGGCACGGCGUACCCAGUGAGCUGCAGGGGAUUUCAGAACGCACCUUGUUGGAGCUGACCCGGGGGAAGCCUUUGUCCUCUCACCCCAGAGCCUGGUUCGUCUCCUUGGAUGGGAAACCAGCAGCACAAGUUCGCCACUCCAUCAUCGAGAUCCAGAGCCGCCAUCGCCCACCGAGCAGCAACGACACCAGCCUGGACUCGGGUGUGGACAUGAACGAGCCUCAGCAGAGCAUACGUGAGACGGAGCGAGACAGGCCUUCGAUCCGUGGGUCGUCGCUGCAGCACCACAGCCGAGGGGGGCGCUACAUUGAAGAGCAGGACCUGAGCAGUAGCGAGAGUGGCACAACCGCCACCUGCACGCCGGAGGACCCGUCUCUGAGGAACAUUUUAGACGGGAGCAGCGGGGCUAUUCCCAACAUUCCCGAAGAGCGAGAUGGGAUGGAUACAUCCAGUGCUCAGGAGGACAGCGAGUCGAGGGGUACGCCGCCACCAAGGCGCCUCAGGAAGGUGAGGGAGAAGGGGAAGACUGAGAAGAGGAGCGCCAAGCAUGUUCGAGAAGGGCGACCUCUGACCAAGCGAAGCUAGAGCAUGGCUCAGACAGGAAUUCUUUCAUUACUGCUUCAUUUUAAUGUCCCAUUCAACGCGUCAUAACCACAGUCAGACAGCAGCCAUUUUUCUCUGUGAUUUCAGGUUGUGAAGCUCAGAUUGUUGUAUUCUGGCUGUGUUCCAGAUUUUAAGGCCUAUAAAUGUAGGAAAUCUGACAAAUUGACAGUAGCUUAACAUUUCUGUUGAUUAGCAGCUUAAAGGACAAUUCACUGUGAACAUCCACAAGGACACUGGUAUAUUUCAAGCUAAAAAGGCAGGAAGCAACUGGAAAUAUUUAACCUUAAAUAGAUCAACUGAUUGGAAGGAUGUUUGUCCUUGUAUUGAUUUGACAAUAGUGUUGAACCACCUCUGAUCUAGUAUUACCAUUAGCUUGGGUGUAGCUUAAUGCUAAUUUUGCUUGUAGUGUGGUCUAAGUUUAUGAAUCACCUUCUGAAAGAGAACGAAGAUUUUAUAGUUAAAAGGUACAAUUUAUUAAAUUUAAAUUUAAUUUGAUAUCAAAUUAGCCACCAUCAGAUGAUAGCUAAUGCUAACAUUUAAUAGCAAGCACAUUAUUAGCUUUGAAGUGGCUGAAUGCAGAGAUUUGGCUCAAAGUGGGAUCAAAUUUUAAUGAUUACUUUUUGAAUUUUUAUACAAUACAAUAGGAAAGAAGUAAACAGACAUAACUUUGUAAAAACUUUAAGACUUUGCAUUUGAAGUUGAUUAAUUCUUUACAUUUCAAAAAACUUUAUACAUAUGAUGGAGAAAAGGAACUUUAUGAACUUUACUGAAAACUGCAUUUUUAUAAAUGGUUUGUUGUCAUGACAACUUCUAAGUUUUCAGCCACUUCUGAGCCAAAACUGUUGUUUGAUUUUAGGUAGCUAAAUGCUAAUUAGUUGCAUGUGUCAGAAGCUUUGAUAGGAAAAAGACCUAACUUUGUAUUCAAAACAUAUAAUUAAAAUCAGGUCUUUUUUUGUAAGACACAAAGACAUAAAUCCAUCAUGAGUAAAACACUUAAAAGCAAUUAAAAAGAGGUGGCAUACUGCCUUAGCAGGCACAACCCCAAGCAGAGCCAGACUCAAUAAAACUACCAAAACUGUGAACUUUAAGAACCAUCAGACUUAAGGUGGCAUUAUCAUACCACCAUGCUGUUGCUUAAGUUGUAAGUUUGAUUCUUGGGUCUGGAGUUUGAGUUUGAAACUGUUGUGUAGCCACUUCCUAGUCAAGACAAUGGCUAAAACAGCAGAAUGCUAACGUUAGCUGUAGCCUGAAGGUAGUUUAGCAUGCUGUUUUAACUUGAAAUAUGGCACAAUAUCCUGAUCAACUUUUGCUAGAAACUGCCUCUUAAAAUUUGUCAAGAAUAUUUAAAAGAUUUGUCUUAUUUCCUGCUUUCCUGCCAAACAGACACAGCACUCUAGCAUGGAUGUUUUAGUGAAGCAGAUCCUGAGAUCAUCAAGGGAAAAUGGCUGCAGUUUGAAUCUGGUAAAAUCACAUCAUGUCAUCAGUGCCGACUGAUUUAAAUGAGUCUUACCACUUGUGCUCACACAGGCAUCGUUGUUGUUAAUUUAUGUGAUUGUACAACUUUGCCAAAGAAUGCUAAGCUAGCUCAAGAAAACAGCGCAGGAUCUACGUCAUAGUGAAGCUUCAUGUAGCUGCUGUUAGACAAGUUUGUGCACCAUGUUUGUUCCUGAAUCUGAAGAACACCAGCGAGAUUCUUCACAGCAAAACGUCCGUGUGAACACGAUAUCCCACAGUCCCCCAGUGCUGGCAUUAAAGAGGGUGCCUUCUUACUGCCUGUGAUUAUUCACGAUGAUUACAAAGAGCGCAGCAUUUGUUGUUAAUCGGGUGAGAGAGCAGGAUGGACACAGAUACAAGUCUAUGUGUAGUGCACUUAUCCUCACCAAAAUGCCUGCUGUAAAUUAAAUAAGAAAUAGAAGCUUUCCCAACAUCUCCUUAUAACUCAUUUUACUUCAAAAGAAACUCUGGGGUUGCAUCGGAAGCAACUUGGUCACAAAAUUCAACUUUUUAACUUAUGACACGAAAUAUUCCUUUAUAAAGGAAUAAAACUCUGAUGUAUAUUGUAAAACGAAGCUGCCAUUUUGAAGUUAUUACCUGAUAUUUAAAGUUUUUAGCCUACAUAAUUUUAGAAUGCAUGAAAAUGAAUGUUUCUGUUGAGUGUAUGAAAAUGGCUUUACUGUAGAGCUAACUUAGCGCCAUAGUAGCUGUUAGAUUACGUUAUUGAUUGACUGAUUUAUUUCAUUGUCCAGUCUUGAAUGAAGAUUCACUGCUGACUGUAACUUCUGGAAAGAUUGAUCACUAUAAUAUUAAAUCAGUACUUACACUGGGUGUCAUUAUGUAAUAAUCACACUAAAUACCCAGCAGCCUACAGCCGUUUAUUUUCAAAGUCACCAGUGGAGAAACAAGCUAAUGCUAACAGCCUGAGAGAGGCUGAAUACUGAUUGUUAGGAAGGGUUUUUAAAUGUGACAGCCUGCUUAAAGGUAAAUAUUCAUAUUUUAUAAUAGGGUCAAAAGAUUAAAGCCUUUGCUAAGCCCCCUAAGUGAUACUUUACUACUAUUGCUGCUUUCUUUUUAAUAACAUACAUACUAUUAACCCUUGUGAUUUGUUUCUUUGCAACUGUAAUUUGGUGCCUUUGAUUUUUAUUUUAAAACUUGUGUUCCGAGGUCUUUCAAUAGUUUUGUUGAAUGUUGUUAACAAAUUACUUGCUACCUUUUCCUUUAAUUUAAUGAGGGAUGUUUCUAAAGAAAGAUGUUUUUAAACUGCUAAAGAAACUGCGGUGCUAAAAUCGUGUCCAUAGAGUAGUCAUGGCUCUAGGGAUGGUAGUGUUGAUUGUUAAUCAUCAAGUUGAAGGUUGGUCAAGGGUUCGCAUCCAGUCGGAUCAAUCAGCAAAUUCUCCUCUAAAGAUGCAAUGAGACUGACAUUUGUGGUUGGUGUGACAUACUGUAAAAUCUGGUGUUUAAGACGCAAUUAAAAUACCUUAAAUGCUGAGACAUUUGCUGCUGUGACUGCCUGCCUAAACUAAAUAUUUCACAUAUGCAGUCAUGUGCUAACCUGGCACGCCAGAUGGAUUUGUUUCACAAAUCCAUUUGGACAGCGUUUGGGAAAGGGCAGAGCCUUUAAAAGAAACUCGGAGGGAUUGGAUGAACAUUAUGUCUGUCACAUCUUCAUGGGCCAAUCAGAGCAACAAAACACGUAAUGUAGCUGCUACCAAGGAGUAAACUCCAUAGAAAACUACAUAACGCG